AUGAAAGAAGGAAAGGUCAAAGAGAUCAUCGGCGUCGUCAUCGAUGUCGAUUUCGCCGGGCAGGAACUGCCGCCCAUCUACAACGCCCUCGAAGUGGUACCCGAAGACCGCCCUAGGGAAGAGCGUCUCGUGCUCGAAGUGCAGCAACAUCUGGGAGAGCACGUGGUGCGCUGCGUAGCGAUGGAUUCUACCGACGGCCUGAUGCGCGGCGCGCGCGUCGUCGAUAGCGGCGGCCCGAUCGAGGUCCCAGUAGGCGAGGCCGUUUUGGGUCGCCUCUUCAACGUCAUUGGCGAGCCAAUCGACGGCAAGGGCGCGCUCGGCAGCGAGGUGCCCCGGAUGCCCUUGCACCGCCCGGCUCCGGCCCACCAAGACCAAGUCACUUCAGACGAAAUGUUGGAGACCGGCGUAAAGGUCCUCGACUUGAUCUGUCCGUUUGCCCGCGGCGGCAAGCUGGGGCUUUUCGGGGGUGCUGGGGUCGGCAAGACGGUCAUUCUCACCGAGUUGAUCAACAAUGUGGCCUCCGGGCACGGCGGUUAUUCGGUCUUCGCCGGCGUAGGCGAGCGCACGCGCGAAGGCAACGACCUGCUGGGCGAGUUGGAAGAGUCGGGCGUCAUCGACAAGACGGCCAUGGUCUUUGGGCAGAUGAACGAGCCGCCCGGUGCGCGCCAGCGCAUCGCCCUUACCGGGCUGACCAUUGCCGAGCACUUCCGCGACGAGGCCGGCCAAGACGUGUUGUUUUUUGUCGAUAAUAUCUUUCGCUUCAUCCUCGCCGGUGCCGAAGUCUCGGCUCUAUUGGGUCGCAUGCCCUCGGCCGUGGGCUACCAGCCGACCUUGGCGACCGAGAUGGGUGCCCUGCAGGAGCGGAUUACCACCACCAAGGAUGGCUCGAUCACUUCGGUGCAAGCCAUUUACGUGCCGGCCGACGACUAUACAGACCCGGGCGUGGUUUCGGCCUUUGCCCACCUCGACGGCCGCAUUGUGCUGGAGCGUUCCUUGGCCGAUCAAGGGCUAUACCCGGCGGUCGAUCCCCUCGGCUCCUCGUCGCGCAUCCUCGAUCCGCGCGUCGUCGGCGAAGAGCACUAUCAGGUCGCCCAGCGCGUCCAAGAGGUCUUACAGCGCUACCGCGAUCUGCGCGAGAUCAUCGCCAUUCUCGGCCUCGACGAGCUGUCGGACGAGGACAAGCUUAUUGUAUCGAGAGCGCGCAAGAUUCAAUUCUUCCUCACGCAGCCCAUGCACGUGGCCGAGGCCUUCACCGGCAAGCCGGGCGAAUACGUCAAAAUCGAAGACACGAUCCGCGGCUUUAAGGGGCUGGUCGAAGGCGAGUACGACGACGUGCCCGAACUCGCCUUCUUCCUCGUCGGCACUAUCGAACAGGCCCUACAAGCCGCCAAGGAUCUUUAG